AUGGCCUGCUCCCGGCAGGUGGGUGCGGUGCGCUCACGGGGCCGCCGCGGUGGGAUGAUUGCUUCCCUGUGUGAGCCCCUGGCUUCAGGGUGGGAGUGGGCCCGGGUCUGGGAAAUCAAAGUGGGGUAUCACCCUUGCAGGGUCCCGUGCCCUUCCGUGCAGCUGUGGCAGGGGACCAUAGCAGCAGGCUAUGGGGACGGGCAGGUGCGUCUGUACGAAGCCAGUACAGGAACUCUGCACGUCCAGAUCAACGCGCACGCCUGGGCCGUCUGUGCCCUGGAUCUGGCUCCCGACGUGGGCAAGCUACUCUCUGCGGCUGAAGACACCUUUGUACACAUCUGGAAGCUGAGCAGAAGCCCAGAGAGUGGCUACAUUGAGGUGGAACACUGUCAUGGUGAGUGUGUGCCGGACACCCAGGUGUGUGGUGCCCGAUUCUGUGACCCCUCGGGCAGCUCCUUUGCUGUGACUGGCUAUGACCUCGCUGAGAUCCUGAGAUUCAGCAGCAUGUGAGAGAGAAGCAGCCCUCCUUCCCCCUGUGGUAUUAUUUAU